GCUGUCUUCCCGGCGUAAAACUAAACAAGUGACUUUUGUUGAUGAUAUUAAAGGGCAAUUUAAUCAAGUGCUCCAGACAUUUUCUCCAAAUCCGAACAAUGUCACGAACACUUUCUGGCAAAAUUGAAGGAGCUCUCAUUGACUUGAGCGGAACAGUUCACGUUGAAGACAAAAUUGUAGGAAAUUCUGUGACAGCUAUAGAAAAACUCCGAGCAGCAAAUAUUAAAAUUCGUUUCGUCACAAAUACCACAAAAGAAAGUGUCAGUACUUUAUACAAUCGUCUCGUAAAACUCGGAGUCAAAUUAGAAAAAGACGAAAUUUGGAGUUCAUUGACUGCAGCUUCAAAGUACAUCAAAGAUAAGAAUUUAAAUCCCUUUUAUAUCGCUUCUGAAGAUGCUUUGAGCCAAUUACCGCCCGUUGAUGAGUCAAAACCACUCAAUGCUGUUGUCGUUGGAUUAGCUCCCGAUAAAUUUUGUUUCGAAUAUUUCAACAAGGCGCUCGAUGUUCUUCGCAAAGGCGGUGUCUUAAUCGCUAUCCACGCAGGGCGUUUCUAUAAAACCUCUUCUGGUUACGCUGUUGGUCCCGGCUUCGUUGCCAAAGGUCUUGAGUACUCCACGGGCGUUUCUCCCAUCGUCAUCGGCAAACCAGAUCCGCUUUUCUUCCAAAGUGGCAUCCCAGAAGGUCUUGAACCCGCAAAAUGUGUCAUGAUUGGCGAUGAUCCCGUCGACGACAUCGAAGGCGCACAAAAAUUGGGCAUGCAAACGAUUCUCGUGACAAAAACAGGCAAAUUCGCAGGAUAUGAAAUCCCGCCGGAAGUCGAUUCUGUCAUGGUUGACGACAUUGAAGCCGCUGUUGAAUUAAUUUUGAAUGCAAAAUAGUAUUUUUAUCUUUAAAAUAAUUUAUUUUUUUUUUAAAUAUUACACGCUCAGACACAAAUUGUGAAAGACAGACUAGGUCAGUUUCGUUAAGACUAUUCUUUGGUUUUGGGUUUCUAAGUUUUUAACCUAACUUUGCUACAGAAAACGAUGAAAAAUUGCCUAAAAAAAGAGUUUUUGUGUGAAAAAAUAAAGCAUUAAGUAAGAAAAUUUUGUUACAAAA